AUGGCUAAAUUAUUUAAUCGCUCCUUGCCCGAGUCUAUGGUUGCUCAUCACAAAACGCUGCGUUCUGCCGACAAAGAGGAAAUCUCCAAGAUCGAGUCGCCAAACAACAAAAUAUUAAGACAACAAAGAAAGCUUGAGAAGCGCCAGAGACAACGAUUGUUGAAACGAAAUCUCAACCAAGAUGAUAUCUUGCAGGUCGGCUCUCUUCAUGAUGGAGGCACCAUGUUCAAGACUGCUGUCAACGACUCUCCAUUCUAUAAUAACAACUGCACCGAUAAUGACCAUAACAUUGAUGACUACACGAAUAACAACACAAAUGUUCUUAAUUCCAACGAUAAUGAUAACAGUGCCAAUAAUAAUACCCUUUCCAAUAGUCACAAAAAGAAUCUGAAUAUUGAUUUCUAUUAUGGCUAUUCACCAAUCCAAAUUCUGAUAAAAUUUUAA